UAGUGUACAGAAAUCUGAUAACAGUAUAAUAACAAUGUAGGGAUGCAAUUUCAAUAUCAACCAAUUUUUAACUUUAUCACAAGGCGAAACGUGUUUUCACAACCGUCAUUACAAAGGUGGGGUUGUUUAGCUUCAGACCAAUCGCACAGGGGGUCGUUUUACCUGCGCCCCGUCUUAUUGUGCCGUGCAGUUGCUAACAGAGUAAACAGCUGGCGCAAUGAAAGCGUCUCUACAAACAGACAUUUCAUUUCAUAUGUGAUAAAAUGUGUUUGCCGAGCGCUCAAAAUGUACACUGUUUUAAAGCUGUGCUAUUCGCUCAUGUUGGCUGACAAGUCUCUAGCAUCAGUGUUGUUGUUACUAUUGACUUUGAGCUAUUUUGCGCACAAAAUGAUGUCAGUUAACUUUGUAAACGCCCUUAAAGAUUUUGCACAGAAGUUGUAUCCAUAUCUGCUUUAUAUUGUGACAGAGGAUAUUUCUUUUCCCGAGGUACGAAUAUUGCCAUAAUCCUAUGUUUUUUUAUAAGAAAUUUAUUAUUUUCUAACCUCAACUUUCUUUAAAUGUUCAACGUAUAUACCUACUACAUUAUUAUGAUUAGUUUAAAUAUUAGCUGAUAAAUUAUACUCUACUCGGAAUAUAAGUAUUGCCCUAUUUACUAUUGGUUUUUGCUUUUUUUUUUUUGUUCAAUCAAAAUCCGUUUAGAUUGUAAACAAUUCUUCACCGCCUUUAAAAACUACGUAUGAUAUAAAACACACGUUUUCUUCACAAAAUACCACAACUUGAUCGAAGUCCGCGUUCUUAAACUAAUCUAUAACAAUUAACGUGCAAAAUUCAUGCAUUCUUAGAUCUAGAAAUUAUUUAGUGCCUUCGAGAAAUAUCCAAUUCUGUGUGUAUUUCUUUGGCAUAGAUAUCGAUCAACGUUUAUUUACGAGGCCAUUAUUAGCCUGGUAUUUGUUAAAAAAUGUAUGCGGCGCGCGGUUGAAAAUAUUAGCUCGGGGAAAGUAUACAACGAUACAGUAGGUAUACAGUAUGCAAGUGGUAUGAAAUCGACGAACGAUAACAAUGUCCAGAAUGUGCACGAUACUGACGCUUCCGCUGAGCCAAGCCGAUCGGACGGACGACUGUUCCGGCACAAUUGUGGAUCGCAAAAUGUUAUAAAACAAGGAAUAUUUCAUCAUUGAACAUUUAAAAAACUGAGAAGCAUCCACACUUGAUGAUAAGACAACUAAUAUAAAUGUUUGUUACGAUACGAUAAGCACGAGACGCCACGCAAAGUAUUCGUGUCAUAUGAGAGAUAUCCAUCGCGUGUCUCGAUGCUUGCAUCCGAUUUCACAACCUGCAAUUGGAUUUGAAUAACUGAUAAAAUACAUAUUAAUUCAGAUUAUGUUUAUCGCACACGAUAAACGUUUAGAGAUAAACAUUGAACUCCGAGUGACAGAUUAAGGGGAAGAUGCGAUCCAUUCGUGUUCCCGUGGCCCACGCACGUGCUAACUAAUUGUUCAGUUUCAUACACCGCUCCACUGACCCAAUUAGUAACCGCUUACCUAUUGACAGAAUCGUCUUGGCUCUCGGGCCUAAUGCUAUCGCCAAGGAAAAACUGUGUUGCAGGCGCGAGUAAAAAUACGAUAUUGGGACAGCGUGCUAAAUUGUUAUCCCUUUUUAGAAGAAAAACCGCUGUACAAAUACGUUUCACUUUAGAAACGUCGCGUGAAAUAUAAUUAGAAUGAGAAUGUGUCGGUGAAAAUGACACAGCUGAGACUAAAGAAAUGCCUUGAUACACAAAUAAUUUAUAUCAUCAUUAUCAGCAUAUUUUGGGCCAGGCCUCUCUCCAAGCAAUUUAGAAAUGACAUCCGUAAUCCAAACAUGACAUUAAAAAUGUAUUAAGUUUGGUAAAAGGAGUAUUUAUACGAGUGGCGGGUGUAAUGCGACGAAAAUGCGCGUGCGGCGGCACCUCGGAGUGCGCGGGAGGGCGCUCCCACGGGUUGCUGAUAUUUUUAGUCCGCGACCAUUACUUGGCACCGACGGCCGCACUCUCUGCGCCGCUGAUCUCUCUCACAUCCCUUCGCGCCCGCUCCCGAUACAUAUCAGUACUGAGCCCUGAGCCCUAUGUGCCACGAGUGAAGCCCAAUUAAUAAUGCUCGAGGGCAUCGUACAACCUGUAAACGUGGAAGUAUGAUUUUCAAGAAUUACUAUGUGAUACACCCGGGUUGAAGUGUUUUACAUUCGUAUAGUUUAGUUGUUCGCCGCAAACAUGGCCAACGUGAGCGGCAACGGGCCGACGAGCCCGCGCCGCUACAACCGCUCCUCCACCACCAGCGUCACGCAGCUGCUGUCCGACGGAUACUCCAGCAUCAUGAACCGCUUGACGCGCAGAGGUCCGUCCGAGAAAAACGAAAACAUCGUCGACACCAAGCUCACCGCAGCCCGUAACCGGUACGACGACAAGUUACUCUCUAGCAAAAGCUCCGCUCUGUCUAACGUGCGCCGGUACGAGACCGCGGCGAACAUGUCCCCGUACAAGUCGUACGUCCCAGCGGCCGCCGCGGCGAAGAAGUACAGCGACGAGCGACACUACUCGAGUUACCUCAACUCGCCCAAAACCAGAAUCGACACAUCACCUGUGCAUUCCCAUCCGAGUAUUAGCGCUCUCAGCCGCAGUGACUCAUUCCGGAGAGCUCACAUGAAAGAUAAUAAAUCAUCGCCUCUCACUAAACGAUAUCCUCUCAAGGAAACUAAUAAUAACAAUUUAGAUAGCACGAUUUUGUUAGGUACCACGCGUAGUCGUUUGGAAGAUAAAUAUUCUUCUGUUCUAGAUAGAAUCGCCGUACAGAAAAAGGAAAGGGCUAGGAAGGAAAGGGAGGAUCGGGACAAAACGUUGGAACCUGAUCCGUCGACUUUUUCCAGAGGUCUAAUGAGAAGUUUCACGACGGCAGUGUUCGGUGAGAGUUCGUUCAAAAGAAACAAUUUGUCGAACGAGAAAACUAGAGAUAAAACUCCGUUCAGAAACACGACCGAUCGUCGUUUAUCUAGUCAUAAACAAAGUGAUAAGAAUGGGUUCGAUUUAACUCCUAAAGAACGUCCUCUCUACGGGAAAGACCGUGACAGCGUGUAUCGCAAACAUCACAGAAGAUCCCUCAGAGUCGAAAAGAGUGCAAGCGAUAACAAACGAGGCAAACUGUCUCUGAGGCCUAUCGACAUCAGCAUACAGUCGGGCGCCCGGGACUUGAUCUCGCCCCCGCAACACAGAGCCAACGAUGCCAAGCUGAACCUGACCAAAACACCGGCCUCCUCGCCCGUCAACGACGUCUGCAGACAGAAGCAAAUAUAUUUUCCGUCCAGCGACGAAGACGACGACAAGACUCCGGUCGGCGACCGCGUGCUCAACGAACGCGAAACGCGGCGAAAAGAAAUUCAAAGCCUCAUAAUGAAGUAUGCGCACUUGGACGAAGUUUACAGUCGCAUCACAGAGAAGGAACCGAAUGGAGUGUCCAGUGCGCUGAUGCCGAGGAAAGUGGAGCCUAUCGGAGUUGGUGAUGUGGUAGCGCUUCCCCCUGAGCUGCGGGGCCGGCAGCGGCCCCAUCGGCCGCGCCACCACACGCGACGCGCGGCCACGCCGCCUAGCUCCCGAGCACGCUCAUCCGUCAAGGACGACAAGGACGGCCACCUGGUGUACUGGCCCGGAUAUGUCAUGGGAGCGAGAUACAAAAUCAUCGAGACCCUCGGUGAAGGAACCUUCGGCAAGGUGGUCGAGGUGAAGGACUUGGAAAUGGAGCACAGGAUGGCUCUCAAGAUAAUUAAGAAUGUUGAGAAGUACAGAGAGGCUGCAAAAUUAGAAAUUAAUGUUUUAGAAAAGUUAGCUGACAUUGACCCUGAUUGUAAAAAUUUAUGUGUUAAGAUGUUAGACUGGUUCGAGUACCACGGACACAUGUGUAUCGCAUUUGAGAUGCUUGGACAAAGUGUAUUUGACUUCCUGAAGGACAACAACUACCAGCCGUACCCGCUGGAGCAAGUGCGGCACAUCGCGUACCAGCUGGUGUACAGCGUGCUGUUCCUGCACGACAACAAGCUCACGCACACCGACCUCAAGCCCGAGAACAUACUCUUCGUAGACAGCGACUACGAGAUCGUCAGUAUAUAUAAUACUUUAAAGAAGAAGCACGAGAUGCGGCGGGUGAAGCGCAGCGACGUGCGGCUCAUCGACUUCGGCAGCGCCACCUUCGACCACGAGCACCACAGCACCAUCGUCUCCACGAGGCACUACCGGGCGCCAGAGGUUAUAUUAGAGCUGGGGUGGUCGCAGCCGUGCGACGUGUGGUCGAUCGGCUGCAUCAUGUUCGAGCUGCAGCAGGGCAACACGCUGUUCCAGACGCACGACAACCGGGAGCACCUCGCCAUGAUGGAGCGCAUCCUGGGGCCCAUCCCCUGCAGAAUGGCGAGAAAAACAAGAACAAAAUAUUUCUAUCAUAGUAAAUUAGAUUGGGAUGAAAAGUCGUCGGCUGGACGAUAUGUUAGAGAAAAUUGUAAACCAUUGUCGAGGUACCUGCAAGGCAACAGCGAAGAGCACAGACAGCUGUUCGACCUGAUCGCGCGCAUGCUGGAGUACGACCCCACGCAGCGCAUCACGCUGCGCGACGCGCUCAAGCACCCCUUCUUCAGCAAACUGCCCGUGCACCAGAGGCUAGGCAAUGACCGCGCGCGGUGCAACGGUGAGAGCUCGGGCUCGCGUGAGCGCUCGCACUCGCUCAGCAGGUGAGGCGCCCGCCCGCGCCUGACCGUGCCCUGACCGUGCGCAGACCGUGCCCUGACCGUACCGCACCGGCCGGACCGGCCCGUCUAUACAUACAAUGUACAUUUGUUAUGAAGUGAUAAGUGAUAUAAUUUGAACUGCGUAAUUAUAGGCUUUAUUUUGUUGUGAAACGGUACUUCUCAAUUUGUAUUUAUAAAAGUAAUGAUUAAUGAAAUAAUUAUCUUUAAUAAAGACUGUUGGUCUGUAAAA